CCUCAUUCAUAUAUUGUUUCUCUUUCACAUCUAAGCAUGAAGCCUUCAAGAAUGAAUAACACAUGUAUAGUUCCAACUUUGCUCAUGCUUUGGAUGGUCUUGUCAGGUUCAGCAACAAGAAAAGCUCAAGAAGUGGAAGAAACUGAGAACGAGAGAGAGUUUGAUUACAUGAGAGGAAGUGAAAAGGGACCUCGUCACUGGGGAGAGUUAAAGAAAGAAUGGUCAGCUUGUAAACAUGGACAGAUGCAAUCUCCCGUAGACUUGUCAUGUGCCAGAGUCAAAAUCAUCCCUCGCUGUCAACUACUCCAAACUGAUUACUUUUCUUCUAAUGCCACCAUAGUCAACAGAGGCCAUGAUAUUGCUAUAUAUUGGAAGGGUGAUGCUGGCUCAAUAGACAUAAAUGGAACCGAAUUCUUUCUGAAACAGUGUCAUUGGCACUCACCUUCUGAGCAUUCCAUCAAUGGCAGGAAGUAUGACUUGGAGAUGCACAUGGUGCAUGUAAGUGUGGAAAACAAGAUUUUUGUGACUGGUGCUUUCUAUAAAAUAGGGCAUCGCCCUGAUCGUUUUCUCUCUCAGCUUGAGAAAGAAAUCGAGCACCUUGUUGAUGGGAAAGUAGAGAGACAAAUUGGAGAGAUAAAUCCCUCAGGAAUACAGACAAGAGGAAAUAUGUAUUACAGGUACUUAGGUUCGCUCACCACUCCUCCUUGCACUGAAGGAGUCAUCUGGAACAUUGAUAGAAAGAUAAGGACAGUGUCGGAAGCACAAGUGAGACUAUUGAGAGAGGCAGUGCAUGACCAUGCGGAGAGGAAUUCAAGACCAAGGCAGCCACGUAACCGAAGAGAUAUAUUAUACUUCAGAUUCAAAAGCAGAGCAAAAUCAAAAAAAUAAAUUCUCUUGGGUUGAUUUUGGGGUACAUUUCCGUCAUGUUUUUCAGAUAUAUAUUUGGCUUUUUUUACGUGUUUAUAUUUUUUAAAUAAAAUUUUGUUUAUAUUCUGUUAUG